AUGGCGGCCCCGCCCUGGUUCGCCGCGGGCGUGCCAGCGCGCCCACGGCGCCAGUCGCUGCUCCGCGCCUUCGGCGCCCUGCCGCACUGGGGGUGCCGGCCUACGUUUGUAGGUACGGCGCUGGCGGAGGCGCUCGGCGAGGCAGUGCCCCGCCGCCUGGUGCAGACCAAGGGGAUCCUCAUGUCGGUGCGGCUGGCGCUGGGGGCCUUGGCGCGAGGGCCGCUGCGGCGGCUGGUGGUCCGGCACUCGACGCCCAUGGCGGAGGACCCGGCGCCGCCACGCGUCUCGGCUUCUCCAGCGUCUUCGAGGGGGACGGCAGCUGCGAAGGCCCGCGAGCGCGACGUGGCACGGUCUCCGGCCCCCGUGCCCUCGGGAGUCUGCACUCCCCUCGGCGCGGGACUGGAGCGGGCCGCGGGCUCUGUCAGAAGCGGUGAGCAGGUUCCCGCCGCCUCGUUGUCGAGACCAGCCGAGGGAGAUGUUCGCACGCGGCAUGCUUUCUUCGACCUCGUGCAGGUGCUCCAGCGGCAGGCCAGCGCGCCCCUGCGCUUCAGCGACGCCUCAUUCGGGCUCCUGCGGGCCAUGGGCACUGUCGAUGUCGUCCUCGCGGUCACGCAGCUGUUCGUGUUCCAUCAGCAGGGCUCGGCCGCAGACCUUUGGAUAAAGAAUGUCGCCACUUCCAAGGAGUUGCUCUGA